AUGAUGCUAGAUACUGCUGUAAAGUUUGAAAAGGCAUUUUCAAGAAUGAAUGAUGAUGAUCAUAAAUACCUCAAGUAUUGUUUAGAAACAAAUAAUGUGGGAGGGCAUCCAUCGACAGAUGAUUGGAAGAAUGUUAAAGUUUUUAUUAAGUUCCUCGAGAUUUUCUACCAGGUAACUUUGAAAUUCUCAGGAACUUCAUAUGUUACUUCCAAUUCUUUCUUCCAUGAGAUCUUUAAUCUUCAAAAGAUAGUUUGCAAAUAUGUUCGUAGUGAAGAUUCUAUUUUGAGUGGCAUGGCUAAAAAGAUGGAGCUUAAAUUUAACAAAUACUGGGGUACUUUUGAAAGUAUGAACAAGUUAUUAUUCAUUGCCGUUGUUUUGGAUCCUCGAUACAAGUUGAAAUAUGUGGUUUAUCUUUUUAACCACUCUUAUGGUUGUUUGGUGGGAGCCGAAAAAUCAAAACAGGUGAUGGAUACUUUGAGUCGCUUGUAUGAUCACUACAUGAGUUCUUUUUGUGGGACUCAUACCGACAAAAUUGGUGGUCAAACAAGCUUGAAUGAUGAAAUUGAUACCAUGCAUAGUGACGAGAUGUGGCAAUCACAAUGGGAGAAGUAUUUGGCUACUGAAAAUAAAUCAGAAAUUGAGAAGUACUUGUUAGAUGAUUUGGAAAAGACCAAUGAGUUAGAAAUUUUGGCUUGGUGGAAAGUUUCUUCGGCUAGAUAUCCAAUUAUUUCUAGGAUGGCAAGAGAUGUUCUUUCUAUUCCUAUUUCUACUGUUGCUUCUGAAUCAGCUUUUAGCAUUAGUGGUCGGAUUCUUGACUCUUAUCGAAGUUCUUUAUCACCAAAGACAGUAAAAGCUCUUAUUUGCACUCAACAAUGGUUAAGAUCAACUUCCAAAGAAUGCAAGCUCGAAGAUCUUUUAGAAGAAAUUCAGAAACUUGAGAUAGUUGAAAAAGUUAAUGUUCAGGUUUUUGUUGCUGUUUCACCAGAAGUACUUUUGGAUUAUGCUAUUACUUGUUUUUUGUAUUUAAUCACACUUUUAUGCAAGCAAUUAAAUGAUCUUUCUCUGGUGACAGUUGGGUCUAUGAUAGUGACAGCUUCAUGGACGUUACUUGGAAAUAGUGACAGCUUCAUCGACGUCUACUUGCAGAUUGGUGGAUAG